AUGUCUCGCGAUCAUUCCCCUGUCGGCACCGGUCUGAGCUCACCUUCCUCUUCUGGUGGUCCUCAGAGACUAUGCAUCCACGGUGUGUUCGGCACAUCCCGUACCCUACCAUUGGGGGACGUUGAGCGGUUCGCUGCGCAACAGUGGCCCGAUGAUAGCCCAGGCUCGAGCCCUUCCAGCAGAGGGGGAGGCUCAAGAGCUGCUCAAAAGCCUCGACAAAGCUUCUUGGUGAUCAGCUCGUCGGGCAAGGACGUAGUAGCGACUGGCACCACGCCAAUCGAUGAGGAGGUUGUCUUUGUGUACCCAUGGUCAGCUCUGACUCCCAGUGCGGACGCUGUGGACAACUCGAGGUUGCUACUACCGGAUUUGCAUUCAAUUCUGAGCGGAGCGAAGCCAGCUGUUGACAAUGCCGUUGAGGAGAGGAAGUGGUUGGUGCCGGAGUCUGUUGAUGCUGCUUUCAAAGCACAGGCGAAGACUUGGCUUGAGCUCACUAAGACGAAAUGGCUGAACUUGGUUAAGUCUCGUGAUAAAGUGAAUGGUCUUGUGGCCUGCCUAACUCUACAGGAGCGCGCCGCUGAGGCGCUUGGUGAAUGGGUGAGACUGUGUGGCCGCAGGCUCGAGGCGGUGGAUGCUGACUCGGCUAGAGGGACGCUGAAGCGAUUGGAAGAACGCGUUCGGGCGGCUAUGGUUGUUAUCGAUGAACAGCUCCCUACAGUGGAGCUCGAAGCGGUGGUUUCAGCUUGCCUGCCGGAUUCCCCAAACACACUGGUUGAUCUCAUCCCAUAUGAGAAGGUCAAGGCUUUCUUAGUCGACACUUUAUCCCGUAUAUCUCGAGCACGAUCAUGUCUUGAUGAGUGGACCAAGCAUGCCUCGGCUCGCAGUUCCGAGAGCCUCCGAGUAGAGUUCACACCAGUCGCCUCUGAUACCCUCACGAGGGAGCUUGCAGUCUUGAAGAGUUUGGUGACAAAGACCGUCGACGAGAUCAGGCCGGCCUUGCUAGCCAACCUGCCCCUACCGACUUCUACUGGCUCGGAGGUCCUCGAGCGCGAGAAGGAGAUCCGUAGAGUUCUCUCUGAUGAACUUGAACUAUCUGUAGUUGCUCGCGGCGAGGAGGCUUAUCGUGCAUGCCUGGUGGCUUGGGAAUCUCGGCAGAAGCAAGUGCUUGGCAUAUGUAGUGACGCUGGCCGAGCUGCUGGGAUAGCUCGUUCGGUCGAGGCCGAGGGUCGCAUGCUUAUCGAGGUCGUCACUCAGUUGGAGCGUAAGUCCUCUUCUAAUGUGGGCCACAUUGAAAGGACUAUUGAGGCUUACAAGGGAUAUGUGGCUGAAGUGGUGCGCCGGCGCAAAACUCACGAUGAAUACGUGAACUUGGUGCAUAUUGCUGAGACUAAGCUGGCCGCUGCGACGAGGAAGGAAAUGAUGGCGAGGCAUGAAUUUGCUUCAACCAUUGGAAGACAUCUCCCUUCUAGUCUAGCUGACCAGCUCAUCGGGCGGCCUGCUCUUCGAGUGACCAUCGACUUUGAUGCUGAUGCAGAUGGUGUCAGCAUGUUGCCACGUUUGACUGAGGCUGACGUGCUCAAUGCUGGUGGGGUCCGCGUCAACAUGGAGGAUGGGCGCACUGUGGCUAGCUGUGAAGACGGCAAUGUUAGUGGUAGCAGUCUUGCCAAAAGUGAAAUACAUAGCAAGAGCUCCGGCUCAGGCCAAGGUGAUCAGAGCACUCCUCGAGAGUAG